GGGGUGGGGGAGGAGCCGGGGGAGGCGGCUGUGGGGCGGAGGGGACGGCGGGCCGUUGGUGCCGAGUGCCGGCGGCGGGCCUGGAGCCGCCCGGACCGCCGGUACCGCCAGGCCCGGGACGUGCGGGCCGGCCUGCUGCUUGCUGCCCGGGGCUGUCGGCGCAGGCCUCUCCCAUGCCUCGCCCAUCUCUGGUUGCCUCGUGUUGGCAGGGGGUUGUCAUUGCCGAGCAGCGAUUUGUUGACUGUGGGUGUAAUUCUGCAGCGGGUGAAGGCACUGAGGAACUGGGCGUCAUGCAGCUGGUCGGGUGUUUGAGAAGAUGUAAGGCUUCCAAAAGUUAACAAACGCGGAUCGUCUGCUUGCCAGAUUUGGGUCACGCUGAAACCAAAUGUAAUUGGAAGGAGUUGUUUGCUGGUUUGGAAAGGUUCGGCUCCAGCUGGGUGCUUUGUAGGGCACCCAGGAGAGCAGUGCUGGAUUGCACGGUGCCCUUUGCCAGAGCAGUUUGCACAGCAGCCUGCUUUGUCUGCCCACAGAAACAGCAGAACUCCUCGUGUAGGUGCCUGCUGCAUAACAAGCAGAGAGCGAGGAAGAGGAUGACAAUGAAAUGGAAGUUGAAGAUCAAGAUGGUAAAGAAGCUGAGAAGCCAAACAUGAUUAAUUUUGACACCAGUUUGCCAACAUCACACGUGUAUCUAGGUUCUGAUAUGGAAGAGUUUCACGGGAGAACACUGCACGAUGAUGACAGCUGUCAGGUGAUUCCAGUGUUGCCCCACGUGAUGGUGAUGUUGAUUCCUGGACAGACGUUACCUCUUCAGCUUUUUCACCCUCAAGAGGUUAGCAUGGUGCGGAAUUUAAUUCAGAAAGACAGAACAUUUGCUGUUCUUGCAUACAGUAACGUACGUGAAAGGGAAGCACAUUUUGGAACAACAGCAGAAAUAUAUGCCUACAGAGAAGAGCAGGAAUAUGGAAUUGAAACAGUCAAAGUAAAAGCAAUAGGAAGACAGAGAUUCAAAGUGCUUGAAAUACGAACCCAGUCAGACGGAAUCCAACAGGCUAAAGUGCAAAUCCUUCCUGAGCGAGUGCUGCCUUCAACAAUGGCAGCAGUACAGCUGCAGUCUCUCAGCCGACAUCACAUAUUUCCUUCCUCAAAACCCACAAUGUGGCAGGAUCGAGCUUUCCGUCAGUGGUGGCAGAAAUAUCAGAAGAGGAAGUUUCACUGUGCCAGUCUGACGUCUUGGCCUCCCUGGCUUUACUCUUUAUAUGAUGCUGAAACCUUGAUGGAAAGAGUCAAGAGGCAGCUACACGAAUGGGAUGAAAAUCUUAAAGAUGAGUCUCUUCCAACAAACCCGAUAGAUUUUUCUUACAGAGUUGCUGCUUGCCUGCCAAUUGAUGAUGCCUUACGCAUACAGUUGCUUAAAAUAGGUAGUGCUAUUCAGCGACUCCGGUGUGAAUUAGAUAUUAUGAACAAAUGUACAUCUCUUUGUUGUAAGCAAUGCCAAGAUACAGAAAUAACAACCAAGAAUGAAAUAUUCAGUUUAUCCUUAUGUGGACCCAUGGCAGCAUAUGUGAAUCCUCAUGGUUACAUCCAUGAAACUCUUACUGUAUAUAAAGCCUGCAAUUUGAAUCUCAGUGGACGACCAUCAACAGAACACAGCUGGUUUCCUGGGUAUGCCUGGACUAUAGCGCAGUGCAGAAUCUGUGGGAACCAUAUGGGAUGGAAGUUCACAGCUACCAAAAAGGAUAUGUCACCACAGAAAUUCUGGGGAUUGACACGGUCUGCUCUCCUGCCUCGGAUUCCAGAAGCAGAGGACGAGUUGGGCCACGACAGAUCUCCAUUACUCUGCUUGUAAUCCAGUACCCUGCUUUGGAGAUGAACAGGGAGUACUCUGUCUCUUAGAUUCAUCUGCUUAGUUCUGCUUUUGAUGCUCACUUAAAAACCAACAGAACUCACAGCCACACGCAAAGAAAGCUUCGCCUUUGGCGUUCGGUGUGCAUCCACGUUACUGUUGUGUCAGACAAGCUGAGAACUGAAGAAUGACAGCUGUGGAGAGAAGGUGGCACAAGACACCAGGAAAUCAGUUCAUUUGGACUUGACUCUGAACUUUCUACUUUGUCUGAACUUUCAUUUCAGGAAAUGUUUGCUGCUAUCAGCCUGCAGUGAAAGAAAUAGAGUAUAAUUAUGCAACAUAUGAUGUUAGAUACCAGUAUCUCAUUGCAGGAUAUUUCCCUUACUUAAAAUGUGUUUACGAUGAGAAUUCCUAACUAUGUGAAAUACUUGCAGUUUUAAUCUUGUGAUGUUCAUGAAAUAUUUGCUGAAUAACCAUCAAAGAGAGUAAUAGGCUGAAGGAUUCUGUGUUGGUGAUGUCAGUAGCAGUGGUGUAACUGGCAGAGCUGACUGCUGGGUGCAGCUAGAACAAGCGUGCCAGAAAAUUCCCUGUGAAAUGAGCUUAUAUAAAAUAUUUGGUCCUUAGAAGUUCUCUGGUGUAUUGAGCAUUUCUGACUUUAGAAGUCUUUUAAAUUUUAAAUUAUUUAUACAGAAUAUAGUGAUCAGUUCCAGAACAUAAAACACAUUGUCAUUUACUAUUGUUUACUUUUGAAUGUAAUUUCUGUAUUUUUCAAAAUAAUUUCAGUGGGAGAUAAGCUUACAGGAAUGCAUGCCUAGGAUUCCCUGAAGAAGUAUUUUCUAAUAUACCUAACUGGAGAUUUUUCUCUAAUACAUAUUUUGACAGGAGAAUCAGCUAAUCUUAUUUUCCUUCAGUGCUUUAGUAUCAUAAGGUAAAAUUUUACAUUAUCACCUUACCUUAAAGAAACAAACUGACAGUGCUUUUCUCCCCCCACUCUUUUUCAGUUUGUUUGUUUCCUGGAAUUCUGUCUGUGCUACACAAAUGGAUGCUAAAAGGGGGCAGCUUUUGCUACUGCUUGGUUGUUUUUUUCCCCUCAGAACAAAUGCAGAAUCUGAAGACGGCAAGAUUUCAUCAGUUUGUGAGUGUACAUACACACUUUUUUUUUUUUAAUCUUGAAGCUAUUGCAUCUUCUGUGUACAUUUUCAAGAAUUUGCAUUGUUAAAUACUAUGAGAAUACUGCUUAAGGUUGAAGAUAUAACCCAGUAAUUGUUCCUUCCCAGUCACAUCAGACAUGUAGCAUGGACAGAUUACUGCACUGAGAGGCUAAGGUCGGACCUCUGCAAGACAAGUGUGAUCUGACCUCAUCUAAGUAGUAUUUGUGACAGACAGCUUAGGAAAAAUCCAGAUGGGAAGAGAUGCCAGAUGCUGAAAGGCUGUUAGGAUAUAAUGCUAUGUAUGUAGAAAGAAAUGGUUGUGUAACUCAGGUUUAGUUCUUUGAAGCCUUCUACCUCUGUGCUUCUGUAAUAACUUUGGUUUUCUCCAUAGACAUCUUUAAUACCAUAUUUAAUUAUCUGUGCAGUACUCUGACUUGCCAGUGAACUGUGAAAAGCAAUAAUUCUUUGAAUAGAAUUCUGAACAAAUAGGGGGUGAAUGCGCUCAUUUUCUUACAGAAAACGUUCAUUGUGGUUAUGUAAUAGGCUUUCAAAAGACUAAAAUAAGGAGUAGUAUGUGAGACUGUGAAAUGUCUGUAGCUAGAUAACCACUAGAAUCACACUUAGCUUCCCCCUCACUCCCUGCAUACGGAGACACACACACACAGAGCCACACGUGGCUUAGCUGUAGGCUUGGAUCGUUUUUUUCCCACUGAGAUACUCAAGUAUCUUCUGCUGUCAUUUGCUUUCAGUAGGUGAGGCUUCCAGGAUGAUCAUUUUCUCAGCUCUCUCUGGACUUCACAAGGUGUUUUGGGUUUUGGCUGUCUUUCAGAUGGCCUGAAUUAAAAAAGGCAUUAUGUUCACAGUGCUUAAAUACAAAAUGGGCAUAUUUUUGGUAUUGUGUGUGUGUGUAUAUAUAUAUAUAGUCAAGUGUAGCUAAUAUUACCAAGUGAGACAACUCACAAGUAAAUUAGCACUAACUUUAUCUUAGUGUUGAUGAUGAUUUUUCAUCUGCCUAACCUUCUGUGAGUUGUUUCCCAUUUGUAAGUCUAUGACUCUGCUGGUUGAAGACAAGCAUAAUUCAGUUUGCUGCAAAAUUGGGGAAUCCUGUCAUAGUGAAGCUGACAGUUAAAGUGCUACAAAAUGCACAGCCAGCAUGCGACUUCCAGUGUGAAUGUAGAAUCAUGGAAGGCUCAAUAUAUUGAUGAAUGUUCUCUAUGCUUCUUUUAUCUUUUUUUUGGAGAGAAAACUACUAGAAUGUUGGGAUUGUGGAAAUUUAUCACUGGCAAAUACGGCCUUCAUAAGCUUUUAAGAGCUAAGUGCGAAGAAAAUCAGCAUAUCUUAUAGUAGUAGCUAUAUUUACUACAUUCAGUGUUUGGCACGUGGCUUCAUGCUGUAAUUAAUCCAACUGAUGUGCUGGCUGCUGCCAAGAGAGUUUUUCUCCCACUGUAAUGUCUCUUACAUUUCUCUUAUUAGGGGAGAGCUGGGAAUUACACAGCUGCCGGAUGGGCAUGCUGGUAGCACAGCCCACAGCCUUGCUUGGUCUGAUGAAAGGAUUGAAGGUGUUUUGUAGUAUUGCUGCAAUAGCAUAACAAUGUCAUACAAUCAGAGCCUGUAAUAUUGCAAGCUUUUUUCAUAUAGCUUAGUUUUGAUGACUACGUAGAAUGAUAACAGGAUACUUGCACACCUGGUCUAAGAAGUUCUAGCUGUUUUUUUUUUUUUUUUCUAAUAAUAAUGCUAUUUUUGUAUGCACUGCAAUUCAUUUUGUUCCUUUUGUUGUUGAUCACCUUUAAUUGCUUUGUACAAGCUGCGGAAGGCGUAGCACAUUCUCUGCUUUAACUCUUCCUCUGUCUGCCUUUUGGGACAAGUUUUCAGGAAAAUCUCGUUGCUUGCAAACAUUUGCAAAGAAUAAAAUUCAAUUUGUUUCAAACUGA